AUGAACUCUUACUUUGGCUGGGGAGAGCCCUCCGGCUCGGACGUGCCGGCUGCUUACCAAUCGGCGGCUGCGCAUAGAAACUAUUAUCCGGGACUCCCCUACUACCCUACGGGAUCCACCCCACAACAGGCUGCGGCGACCAGUCAUGCUUAUCACAAUCCCCCAUCUGUACCAGAAAUUUCCGACAGCGACAGCGACCAAAAGUAUGGCUCUCCGUCGGAUCCCAAUCGGUCGAGUGCUGGGAGCACGGGCAUGAAUCUGAGCUCGCGGAGCGAUGCUCGCGACGAUCGUCUCCCACCAACCCCGCAGCGGGAAAACAACAACACCGAUUUGGUUCAACAAUAUAGCAAUUGCAGUCCCGGCCAGCAGGCCGCUCUAGAAUCUAAGAAAUUCUCUUCGAACCCCUCGACCGAAAAACCUCCGCUCAUGGGCACCAAGAGCGAGUUGGAAGCCGAGCCUAGGGGUCCCCCAGGCAUCCCAGGAGCCGACCUACGAAGAUUUCCCCCACAAACUUUAGAUCCUAGAGCGCUUGAAGGUUCGCAUCUGGGUUACCCCAUGGGGGACCCCUUGAGAGGUUACGCCAAUCCGCCUCAACCACCCAUAAGCUACUACCCUUGGAUGAAAGGCUACGCACCCAAUACUGCCGAUGGCCAGGGCGGAUGUCCGACGAGUGCCCCGAAGAGGACCCGACAGACAUACACCCGAUACCAGACGCUAGAGCUCGAGAAGGAGUUCCAUUUCAACAGAUAUCUCACACGGCGGCGAAGGAUUGAAAUCGCGCACGCUUUGUGUCUGUCUGAGAGACAAAUCAAAAUAUGGUUCCAGAAUCGUCGCAUGAAAGCGAAAAAAGAAAGUAAACUGCAAAACGGUCUCAUCCCCUCCAUGGGUCUCAAUAAGUGUCCCCCGUCUGAGGUUACAGCGAUUCUUGCGGAUGGGAAGCCCGUCACGGCGUUGGAAGCUCAUCACACACUCAACGGAGGACCCUACAGCUGA